GCUGCCAACUGGCAGCCCCGGGGACAGGACAGAGAAAAUGUUGACAGAAUGGCAAGAUUAGCCAUAUCUCAUUUUCAGUUUGCUCUGGAACAAAAGCCCACGUUUGAAGUUGCUUACAUACACCUGGCGGGCAUGUACAUAGAAGUCGGCGACUACGGGAGAGCGGAAGACAUGUACCAAAAAGUGCUCUGCUUGAAAUCACUCAAAGAAGAAAAACUGCAAGAGAUCCAUUUCUACUAUGGUCAGUUUCAGGAAUUUCAAAAGAAGUGUGAGAUCAAUGCAAUUAUCCAUUAUCUGAAAGCAGUAAAAAUAGAGAAGGCAUCACUGUUAAGGGAUAAAAGUAUCAAUUCUUUGGAGAAAUUGGCUUUAAGGAAACUUCGUAGAAAUGCAUCAGAUGUAGAAAGCUUGAGCAUUCUCGGGUUCAUCUAUAAAGUCAAAGGAAAGAUAAAUAAGGCCCUGGAGUACUAUGAGCGGGCCCUGCGGCUGGCUGGCUGCUGACUUUGGGAACGCUGA